AAACGUCUCCCUCCCUCGCCCAGCCCGCGUCCUCUCUCUGCUCGCUCCUUAUCCCUCCCAUUCUCCAUUCCUCUUCCGUUCCCUCCCUGUCAGGGCGUAAUUGAGUCAAAGGCAGGAUCAGGUUCUCCGCCUUCCAGUCCAAAAAUCCCGCCAAGAGAGCCCCAGAGCAGAGGAAAAUCCAAAGUGCAGAGAAGGGAAGAAAGAGACCAGUGAGUCAUCCGUCCAGAAGGGAGGCGCAGCCGCCCGGGCAGGAGCAGCUGCGGACGGGUACCUGGACUCCGGCAGGAACCUCGCCCCUUGCAACAAAGGCCGCCUGAGCCCAGAGAGACCUUUGCAGCUCAAAAAAUGCAGUCCCAACAGUACCAGCAGCAGCGUCGAAAAUUUGCAGCUGCCUUCUUGGCAUUCAUUUUCAUUUUGGCAGUUGUGGACACUGCUGAGGCGGGGAAGAAGGAGAAGACAGAAAAAAAAGUGAAAAAGUCUGACUGUGGAGAAUGGCAGUGGAGUGUGUGUGUGCCCACCAGUGGAGACUGUGGACUAGGCACCCGUGAGGGCACCCGGACCGGAGCUGAGUGCAAACAAACUAUGAAGACCCAGAGAUGCAAGAUCCCCUGCAACUGGAAAAAGCAAUUCGGUGCGGAGUGCAAAUACCAGUUCCAGGCCUGGGGAGAAUGCGACCUGAAUACAGCCUUGAAGACCAGAACUGGAAGUUUGAAGCGAGCCCUCCACAAUGCCGACUGCCAGAAGACAGUCACCAUUUCCAAGCCCUGUGGCAAACUGACCAAGCCCAAGCCUCAAGCAGAAUCUAAGAAGAAGAAAAAGGAAGGCAAGAAACAGGAGAAGAUGCUGGAUUGAAAGAUGCCACCUUCUGUGGACCGCAAAAGGGACAUCAGCAAACACGAUCAGUUAACUAUUGCAUUUAUACCUACUGUAGGCUUUUUA